GUCCCAGAUAGAUGGCUUUCCCUCCACUCCCCAGGUAUGUCUGCUGAAGACUGUAAAGUCUUAACUCGAAUCUCCCGCCUCCUCGGCCGUCAACAUGGCCGAGCGUCUCACACUCUCUCCAGAGACUCGGGCAGCAGCCACAAAGCGUGCGACAUAUGCGUGUGCUCGUUGCUACAAGUUGAAGCGUAAAUGCGACAAUGGGUCCCCAGCAUGUUCCCGCUGCGUCAAAGCACAUGUUGAAUGUGUUGGACUCGACAGGUCAACAACACAAUUUGUCCCUCGAAGCCUGGUUCAAUACCUUGAGCAGCGUAUAGCUACGCUCGAAUCCAGUGUUGUGAACUCGGAUGCAAUAAUUAAGCCCGUUCGACCUAGUCCUCACCUGCCUAGUGGUCUCUCGCAGGAGCCCCAUUACAAAGAUGCUCAGGCUCACUCUGCCGAGCAGAGACAUGACGCUAUCUCAGCCUGGGCCGCCAAAGAGCGACAGUACGGAUGUCAAAGAACUGUUUUGGGUCUGCGAGGGUCCUCCUUCAACCCUCUCAUUAUGAAAUGCUCGAUCUUGCCCUUCACGAGCGACGUCAGCCCCGAUGGAUCGGAAUAUCUUACUCAGAUUGCCCUCCAAUUUGGAAGUCGCGAUAUCCUCUCUCUUCAUGCCAUCCCGACUCAUGUUGCUGAAACCUUGAUCAAGGUAUACAUCGAGAAAAUUCUGCCCCAGUAUCCUUUCUUCCCCGAGGAAGACCUUCAAUCAUAUCAACUACUCGUAUUCCCUCCACACGGUGCUGCGACUAGGGUUGUGUCGUCUGAAGCUGAAUUCGUCGUUGCGAUGAUGAUGGCAAUUAGCACGCUUACCUCCAAGAAUCCGAACCAUGAUCGCCUCAUGUCACUCAGCACGAGUUUGUACAAAUAUGCCAUGCAGAGAUAUGAUCCCCUUGCCGAGCCAUCGAUUGUCAAUCUCCAGUGCACGAUGCUACUUUGCCAGUUUGCCAAUUUCUGUCCUGGUAUCUGCGAAAUUUGGACCUUAAAAGGAAUGGCGGUCAGAAUGGCUGUUGCCAUGGGUCUGCACAGAGAACCUGGAUUCGCUCUCAAAAGUUUCGAUCGAAAGAAGAUGGAGCUGCGCCGGAAGAUGUUUUGGACUCUAUACUCGAUGGACCGAUCAAUUUCCAUCGCUGCUCUACGUCCUAUAAGCCUUGCAGAUCACCUCAUAAACGCGAAAUUUCCAUCAGAGGAUUUUACUUCCGGUUCCGACCCUUCAUCGUCCCGACAGAGAAUGCAAAUCACUAGAUUCUUACGCCACGUCAAGUUUCGACAAAUCCAGUCUGAAAUAUACUCGGUCAACUUUGGAGAUAGAGAGCCUGAUUCUCUUCCCUAUUCUUCAUGGAUGAAAGCAAGAGAUGAGGAGCUUCUCGAAUGGCGCAAGAGUCUUGAAACACUGGAACAGACUGGCUUCGACUGGUUUGAUUUCGUCAUGUACACAGGGCAAAUAUACCUGCAUACGCACUGUCCGCGGAAUCCGCACCCAGAUGCUCAAUCAGUGAUCAAGGGAUUCGAAGCUGCCAGAGGCACAAACAACGGAUACUUUCGAAUGUACUGCAAAGGGUUUCUCAAGUUUGACUGGCACUGUGCCCACCAUGUUUUGACAGCAGCAACACUUCUAAUUCGCCUCAUCAAACAUGAUUAUCAAACCUUACUACGGACAUACUCCAGCCGCGAAAUCAAUUCAGCACUCGACGAGUGCUCAGAGGUCUUUACAAUCCUCUCGGAAAAAUGGCCAGAAGCAUCAAGAUGUCUCAAACAAUUCGAAAUCGCCAGGUCGGACUUGUUCUACGCCUUUUCGCUUUCUGCAGACAUUCUCAUGGGAUCAACGAACCAAUCAUCUGUCGGGGAGCAACAACAGAGCAAUUUGUCUCUUGCUCACAUGCCAUCCAUCGUGCCAGCGGCCCCAUCGCCUCCGGUAGUGCAAGAGAUAUCAGAACCGCUUCCCGAUCUCGAGCAAGUCUUGGAGCCAUCAGACCUUGAACCAUGGGUACACACCAUCAACAUGUUCACCGAUUACACUGAAAGUGACUGGGAUGUCUGGGCAGGUCAAACUGAGAUGCAUUGGCCAUUCUAACCAUCGAUCUUGGUGUUUCUUCAAACUAUCUAAAAGACAUCAUCCCAUAGACAAUACCGGCCCCUCGUCAGAGGUACCAGGCAUUCCCAUCACGACCUCGGCCGUUGGACGUUGCCCUUGGACUAAUUUCAUGACAAUGCAGAAGAGAGUCCUACUCCUCGUCUCGAUUGGCCGUUCGGGAUUUUCUUGACAACAGAUCGCUUGUGGGGAAUUAAACGUGUCUGAGAAGAUUUCUUUGCGGAGGAUGUUGUCAUCAACAGCGACACCACUUUUGGCCAGUUUUGCAGUCAACAUUCGUGCCCUGUCAAGCCGAAUGGGCGACCCAG